AUGGUCCUCACUCACACUACCAACCACAGCUACGCUCAUCCGUUCCCGACCGUCACCCUCGCCUUCUUCCUUCGAUACUAUUCUCCACAGCUCAACCCCUUCUCCAGCCAUGUCCUCUCCACCGACACCAUCUCGUCGCACGUCGACCCGGCCACAGGUCGACUCCACACCACCCGCAUCCACCUCAAGAAGUCGCGAAUGCCGUCCGCUGUCAUAAAGCUGCUGCCGACGAGCGUGACCGGUGGAGCGGGAGACAAGUCAACCUACGUCGUCGAGACGAGCACCGUCGAUAUCCGAGAGGGCUGGAUGAAGACGGAAAGUCGCAAUCUGAACUUCACCGGAGUGCUGAGCGUCACCGAACAGCAGCACUACUCGGUUACGCCGCCUGACCAGAGCCCAGACACGAAACCAAGCCUCUCACCCGCUACAUCGUCCAAUACCUACGUCAGCACCACAUUCAGCUACCGCUCCAGCCUUGGCAAUCGCAAGGUUGACAAGGCUGUGGCCACCUCGGACGAUCCCAACCGGAGCCGCUUCGGUGGCUGGAUAUCAGGCUGGGGCGCCAAGCGCAUUCAGAGCAGCAUCGAGUCAAUCGCUUCCAACAAGACUGAUGACCAAAUGGUCAAAUCUCGGGACGGCAUGGGCAUGGUACUGGAGAGAUUACGCAGCAAUGGUGUCGUUGCCGUUUUAAGGGAACUGAGGCGGCGGGAAGGCAACGUCUUCGAGCAGAGUGGGUAA